AGGAUGGCUCUAUUUUAGAAGAGGUUUGGAUGGGAGAUCCCCGCCGGGGGCGUUGGGGGAACGAAGGAGCCCGACCAAGCUCUUCUCCAAGCAGUCCAGUUGAGGCGCCCAGUGGAGGUGGAUGGCAACGAGCCGUGAGAUGCGCCAUCCAGGACUUCAAAUGGGGCGACUACUCGGUGGAGCCGAACACCACGUACAAUUACACGCUGUACGCCAUCUACGGAAAUGCGGAUCUUGGUGUCCAGGACCCUGGGCGCGAAGGCCCAGCAACUGCGGGGCCAGGCAUGCAUGUGGGAGCAAAGGUGAGCCUUGAAGUCCGAACCAUUGUAGCAGAUGGGGACCAGGUUCACUUCAAUCGUGGCGUUGCAGGCUCACAACGGUUCUCACGGCUUUCUUCAGGCACACGCGAGCUUGGGCCAAGGAGCCCUGAGCAAUGGCAAUGGUUGUCCCACGGUCUGGAAGAGGCGUUGCUCGGUUUCAUCCAGCGUGCUGGAGACAAGUGGGGUCUACGUUGUGCUUUUUACGAAGCGCAUUACCCUCCAGUCAUCAGAGCACUGGCAGAUGCAAGGAGGCGCGGUGCAUCAGUGAGCAUCGUCGUCGACUGGAAAGCGGCUUCUUGGUCGGAGGAUCGCAAGGUGUGGACUCAACGUGGGCCACAACAUUUGAAUUACUGGGCGUUAGCUGACGCUGGUUUCCUCAACUCUGGGUGUGUUUACUAUCGGACGCAACCAGCCUCCGCCAUAAGCCACAAAUUCAUCGUCCUAUUGAAUCCAGAUGGCCAGGCCGUCGCUGUAUGGACGGGCUCCACCAACAUCACCGCCGGUGCCAUUUUUGGUCAUUCCAAUGUGGGCCAUGUCGUGACGCAGCCAGAAAUUUGCCAAAAGUACCUGGAGUACUGGGAAAGGCUAUCUCAGGACCCUGAAAAGAAGGAGCUAGCUGCUUUCAACGAGAAAGGCACUCCGCUGCCCAGCCAGGAUGAUUGGACGCGGCUUGUUCUUUUUUCCCCGAGGCUUUGCUGGGCGGACUCACUGUCCUUCAUUGCACAGCUGAUUCUACGAGCGAGGUCCGGCGUGGCCUUCACGGCUGCCUUCGGUAUUGGCCGAGAAGUGGCUCCAGCAUUGCUUGCAGCUGGCAGUCAGGGUGCAGGAGUGCCCAUACCGACUUAUCUUCUUUUAGAAAGUCAGGGCAAUUGGCAAGCAUCACGGGACGCCGUGCAAGAGCUUCAACGCAAGAGCAACGUCAAAGUUGCUUUUGGCAUGCAUUUGGAGGCCUGUCAGCUCCAGCUAAGACAUGUUGAGAGGUGCGGUUCUUGGAUACCUGAGAAGCUUACGGGCUUGAACGAACACGUCUGGGCCCAACAGGUGCGAUACGUUCACACCAAAAUCCUGCUGAUUGACUUUUUCUCCGAUGCUCCGGCAACUUCUCCAGAGCUUCCAUGGAAUCGAACGAUGCCAGAAAAUAUGCUUGUGCUGCGCGGCGAUCGGAAUUUGUGUGACGCUUACGCGGUGGAGUUCUUCCGUAUUUUUGAGCACAUGCAGUUCAGAAAUCGACUUCAAGGAUACACCGCAGCACAGUGCAUGUCCAAGGAAGAUGCUGUGAUGUGUCGCUGUGGCCAGGCAGUUGCAGAAAGGACUGUGAAGAAAGAAGGUCAGAAUACAGGGCGGAAAUUCCGGUGUUGCGCCAAUCCACGAUGGCAAUCAUGUGGAUACUUUGCUUGGUUGAAUGACCCAGAUGCACCCAAACGGGAGGAGCUCCCUUGGCCCAGAAGGGCUUUCGAACAGCAGAGCUUCGAAAGGAUGGAGCGCCUCCUUCUAGCAGGGCUUUGGAAUCCCGAUCUGGCGAGGCAGCCUACGGUGCCACCUCCUGCCCUGGACGGUGCGCAAGAAGAGGAGGAGUCCUUCUACUCGGCAGAAUCGUCCAUGUUGGAAGUCCUGGAUGUUUGUGGUGUUAGUGAAGAGCCCUUCGCACAGUUCGAAGAGGUUUCUGAGAUCCCUGCCAGGCCUCCUGGUGAUGACGGUGAUGACCUCACGGUCAAAGUACGCAAGGUCGGGCAACGGCUGAUGGCAGUGGAAUCCAACAGGAAGGGUGGCAGCCAAGAAUUUCGAGAUCUAAGCCAGCAACUUGUGGAGCUCGUGGGCAAGAUGCCAGACACUGCCCUGCGAGAGCCGGUCUUGGGUUGCCUUCACGAUAUGCAGAAGAACUUCAUGGGCAAGACCAAGGGGACUUGGCAGCCACAACUCAAGCAGGCUUUGAGGCUCAUUGGCCCUGAGUGA